GACUCGGGCAGCAGCACGUUAUCCCGUAUGCGGGUGUCUCCCUUGGCUGCAGUGAGUAGCUGGGCUCAAGGCUGUUUCGCUUCCUUUGCAGCUGCCUGCGCAAAGGUGGAAGAAUCCCCGAGUUCGCUGUUUUGCUGUCGGCUGAUCGCUGUGUGUUGAGCGCAUGACAGGAAAGCACAGGGCCGCGGAGAGAAAACUCACAGCCAGCCCUGCGGCCUGCGUGCCACUGAAGGAGAGCAGCCGAUGGGUACCUGCUGUAUGUAAUGGCACGGGCUCAGCAGCCUUAAGUAGACCAACGUGUGAGUAAGAAGCUUCAGACUCCCUCCCGAUAUUUUGAAGUAUAGAAAGAAGAAAUGAAUCUUGCCAAUGAUGGUGCAAUGUCCAGAGCCAUAUUUGACUGGAACUAUGUUCUAUGGGAAGUUCGUUUAACAUUACUAGCUGCUGGUUUUUUCAUCUACCUGGGAGUAUUUCUUCUAGCUCACUGGCUUUCCUCAUGGAUCAGUGCCACUUAUCUUACUUUGUCAGCAAAGGAGAAGGUCUUCUGGAAUAUGACUAUCACACGUGGCGUGUUUGGAGUUCAGAGUUGCAUAGCUGGGUUGUGGGCCAUGCUCAUAGAUCCAGUUUUUCAAGCUGACAAAGUGUAUUCACAGCAAAAGUGGAGCUGGUUUAAUUGCUUAAUAGCCUCUGGCUUCUUUUUGCUUGAAAAUGUAGGUGUUCAUCUGUCUAAUAUUAUUUUCAAAACGUUUGAUGUAUUCUUGGUAGUUCAUCAUUUACUUGCCCUUGGUGGCUUUCUUGGGCUGAUAACAAACAUAAAAUCUGGACACUAUCUACCGCUGAUGGGACUGCUACUUGAGAUGAGCACUCCUUCAACCUGCUGCUCCUGGGUACUUUUAAAGAUUGGCUGGUCUAAUACCCUUUUUUGGAAGGCAAACCAGUGGGUAAUGAUCCACCUGUUUCACUGUCGCAUGAUCAUUACUUAUCACAUGUGGUGGGUGUGCAUUUCCAAUUGGAAUGAUGUGGUGGAAAAUAUGGGACUUCCAUAUUUUACUGUCUUUUUCAUGGGAUUAUGUGCACUUACAAUAAUACUUAACCCAUACUGGACAUACAAGAAGACUCAGCAGCUCCUCACUCCAGUUGACUGGAACUUUUCAAAUACAGCAAUGAAGAAUGGAUCUUUUGGAAAAUUAAAUGGUGAAACAGGCCAAAAGAAGAGGCUGUAGUGCUGCAACAGAUAUUAUGGUGAACUGUGGCUAGAAAAACUUGGGGCAGGUUUACUGCAGAGUGCAUGAAAAUAGAAUUACUUACAAGAUGUUUAUAAACAUAGCCAUCUACCAACUGAUGAAUAUCAGUAUUCUAUACUCAUUUAUGAAAAGUGUUUAAAAUUGUCGCUUCCUAUAUAUAUAUCUAUAUAUAUUGUGAUAGACCUAGGUCAGAGAAGUAGAAGGGAGUUAUGCUGGCCUUUGGAUAAGCAGUUUUCUGUUCCCUGAGUGACCAGAGCAGGGGCUGCUCCAGGCUAAUGAGAACACCUGACUCC